UUACAAUUUCGCAAUUUUGAUUAUUUCAACAUUUUAUUUUGACUAUAAAUACAUACAAUGAUACAACAGCGGAAGAAGAUCACACAGAGUUGUUCUUUCCGUUUUAUUCCUUCAUUUAAUCGCAAGGUCGGCGGCUUCACCCAGAGACAUGACUCUGGGAACCGACCGAGAAGGCGAGGCCCUGGAAAUUUUGGAAUUUCCUGAAGUCGUCUUGAUCCAAAUCCUGUCAUAUUUUGACGCGUCAACACUCGGCAAACUCAGCCAGGUCUGCCGAUUCUUUAACAGAUUUAUCACACAAGACAGAGUAUGGAAGAGAUUUUAUUCUCAGCAGACAAUUUACACCAGUUAUUGCGGAAGACCUGGGUCCUCAUCAUGCCGAAAGCUCAAGGACAAAUGCCGUGUUGGCUUGAACUGGAAGAGAGGAAACUUCCACGAGGUGCGACUGACAAGUACAACAAGGCAGAUGCCAUGGCUGCAGAUCGUGGGCGACCAGAUAUACGUCAGCCACAACAAUUUGAUCCACUGCUACAGGCUGACCAAGAAGGGGACGUUGCAGCAGCUGAUGAACCGCACGCUGAACGGACAUACGGAAGAUGUGUCGCGGUUCAUCUGUAAAGAUGAUAAGAUUGUCAGUGGAUGUGUGGGUAACUAUAUCUGUGGCUUCAACCUGAGGACAGGUACUCGACUAUUCAAGGUGGAAUCCUGUCACAACUCCGACAUCACAGAUGUGGACUUCUACAAUAGUUUUGUGGUGUCGGGGUCCAAGGAUAGCACAGUUAAGCUGUGGAACAUGGGAGAUGAUAAAUUAGAGGCAAAGUCCACCAUCAAUGUCAACGACAGGGUGUGGUCAGUGGCCAUUAGCCCGAAUGGCAGUAUGUUCGUCACCGGCACAGCGGGGUUGAAUGGCGUCCCCCCUCUGAGGGUCUGGGACAUCAACAGAGCAGAGAUGGUUUGUCCUCUGGAAGAUAUCCCCCGGAACGGAGCCGGGAUCCUCGAUCUACAGUUCGAGACGCCGCACACCCUCCUGUCGUGUGGAUAUGAUACCUAUAUUAGGUUGUGGGAUAUGAGGGUUAAAGCAUGUGUUCAAAAAUGGGAAGAACCGUUUGACCAGACUGUAUACUGCACCCAGCGUUACGGAGAAUACGCAAUACUAAGCGGAACGGCCCGAUACGGGAUGGCGCGAUUAUGGGACAAGAGAAUGUCGCACCCGAUUCAGAUGUACUACCCAAAGAGGGCGACGAGUCCAGUGUAUUCACUGGCGUGUACAUCUUCGUAUCUCUACCUGGCCUUAGAUCGUGGGAUUCACAUGUUGGAUUUUACGAUCCAUUAGGGGUAACGCCCUAGAUAGUAUAUUAAAGAAUUUUGACAAAAUUUUAAGACUAUAGGUUAUACCUGUUUCCACUUUCCACAUAAUCAAUUAACCUUUUUGGCACCAGACAUAUUAUGAUCAAUUCAGCCAACUCGACCGCAAAAGAAUUCAGCGCGGAAUAAUUUCACAGGACCAUAUACAAUGUGUUCCAAGGAGGACCACGAGUAACACCGAAGACAGUUUUAGUUCCUAACCUGGCCGUUAGAUGGCGCAGGAGUGGCAGGGGUUGGAGCAGUACGGCACAAAACAAGGCAGCAGUAUUGGGCAUUACGGCACCAAAGGGUUAACUUACCAAAAAAAUGCUGUGGUGACAUUGCUCUUGGUGAUUAAAGGGUGAAGAGAUUGCAUAUUUUUAUCAAACUUUUUUGUGCGAACAUAGCUGUGUAAGAUGAGUUGUCAAUAGGAGUACGCCGUUCGUAAUUGCUGGUGGUCCAGGAAAAUAGAGAGACAGUUAUACACAGUGCUGUAGUGCAAUUAUUACGCAUACAAAUUUGCUGCAACUGGGUAAUUAUAGUAUUUGUAUAUCUGUCUACAAAAUGGAAUUUUUUUAUAUUUAUACAUGUAUUCAGUACCAAUUUGAAAUGUUCAAAUUCAAUUACAAAUCUCCCAAUAUUUAACGAACGGCGUGGGCCUUUUUCUUAAGGGAUAAUCUCAGCUACCGUUAAGUUUUUUACAUUCUAUCAUUGACAAAGUUUCUUCCCUAACUGAACUUCUCUAUUAGGGACACCCUUGGGACUGUUAAGUGCUGUCCUUGAUAGGGAGGUGUCCUGAUUCGUAAGGUCAAAUUGAAAGGAAACACCUAAUUUGGGACCAGAACUAGUGCCCUUUAUAAUAGAGAGGUGUAUCACUGUACUUGAUAUGCCUACAUUUGGUUAGGCUUGAAUACGGUCCCGGUCUUGAAGCUAGGGGAUGGGCUUAUGGUAUGUAAACAAGAAAAUGCCAGAUUAAGUUUUUGAAUUGUGAUUAUUUUAAGAGAUCUCGUAAUUUGGAAAUAUUGUAAAAAGGUUUUUGUCCAUUCGUAAACGUUGUGUCCGAAUCUUUUGGGGCUCUGGAACGGGAAUUAAUGGUCGGAGUUCUUUGAUGUUUGUUUUUUAUUAAUAUUUGCCUAAAACCAAACAGGAUUAUAGGGGUUCAGAAAUAGAUUGGUCGAGAAGUAAAAUAUACAGAGUGGAAAAUGUCUGAAUUUAAUGCAGUACAUCAAUGUACACAGAUGCAUACAAAAAAGUUUAUUUCGCUACAAUGGUUACAAAAACGAAAAAAUCCUGUUUGGUUUUGAGGCGAAGACCGAUAAAAACCAAGUUUCAAAGAAAUCCGACUAGUAUAGGUCACCCUCCAGAGCCCCAAACGAUGCGGACAUUGGAAUUAAGAACGGACUAUAACAGUCGAUUCUGUAAACAGUCAUCAUAGACAUUUUAGUUUUGAAGCUGUAUUUACACUGAACAGCUAAUUAGUUUUUGGUUUUACAAGUUUUGUAUAUUUUGUUCCAAAGUUCUGAUCUUUUCUGUUUGUUUGACCAAGGUUUGAGGAUUAGGCAGCCCUGGAAUCGAUGUAUAACUGUAAACUGCUAAAUCUUCAUUGGCAUUUUAUUUCUGAAAAUCGCGAGAGAAUAAAAUUUAUUGGAAAAACCAGAGGAAAUUUCAUAAUCUGCCAAUAAAAAUGGUGAAAAUUUUCCUAUUUUCAGAUCUUUUUGCUAAUCGCUAGAAUAAACUCAUGGCGUGAAGAUUUAGGGGUUUAUAGUAAUUGUAACAACGAUUCUUCUGGUGUACAUGUAGAGUUGAAAAACGUUUUCUUCUGUUAGUUGAUUUUAAUGAUAUUUUAUUUGAAGAUGUUGGAUGAUUUAUAGAACCUGUUUAUAAUACAGUGAUAUGAUAGGUUGAAUUUAUGAUGGGGUUCAAGCUUACACUGUGUGAUUAAUAAAAAGGGUCUUUCGGGCCCUGGGUGCAGAAAUGAUGCUGAGAGAGGGCUCUAAACCCUGGUAAAUUGGAGAAGUUUUAUGAUUAUUAGUUCACUGCUAGGGGGUAAUUUGGGGUUUUGGAAGAAAAUUGGGCUCGGGAAUCUUGCCUUUCUUGUUUCAUUCACAUCUAAAUGAGCAGUGUGGCAGUGUUAAGUUUCACUAGAGUCUACUUGUGUAUUGGAGGCAAUGCUAAGUUUCAAUAACAUGUACAUGUGUAGUGGAGGCAAUGUUAAGUUUCAAUAACAGGUACAUGUGUAGUGGAGGCAAGGUUAAAUUUCACUGACAUCUACAUGUGUAGUGGAGGCAAUGUUAAGUUUCAAUAACUUGUACAUGUGUAGUGGAAGCAAUGUUAAGUUUCACUGGCAUCUACAUGUGUAGUGGAGGCAAUGUUAAGUUUCACUGACAUCUAUAUGUGUAGUGGAGGGAAUGCAAAGUUUCAAUAACAUGUACAUGUGUCGUGGAAGCAAUGCUUAGCUUCACUGACAUUGAUUUUUGUGGUGGCGACAAUGUUAAGUUUCACUAACAUCUGCAUGUGUAGUGGAGGCAAUGUUAAGUUUCACUGACAUCGACAGUAAACCUCUAUAUUGAGGGCACCCUCGGGACUGACAAGUGCUAAGUACUUAAUAGGGAGGUGUCCUGAUAAGAGAGGUCAAAUUGAAUGGAAACACUCAAUUUGGGACCAAAACUUAUCAUGUCCUCAGUUGAGUGGUGUCCGCUAAUGAAGGUUCCACUGUUCUUGUGUUGUGGUGGCAAUUCUACAGUAAAAGUUUCACAUCUACAGGGUAUUUUCCCUCACACAAUGGAUACACAAUAGAAUUCUAUUGUGCAAGGGAAAAUAAUUCUGGGCCACCCUUUAUAUGUACAGUGUAGGUGUGUAAUAGAGCGUCUUAAGUUACACUAACAUCUAUCUAAAUACUAUGUGUUGCACUGACAAAUCUCUGCAAUAAACCUUUUUGUUGACUUA